UAAACAGAGAGACAGCGAGGAAGAGGGGCUGAUAGGUAAAGGCAAACUGAUGAAUGCACAAAAACAGAGAUAGGCUUGUGGACGGAUAAUAAGGUAGACAGACAGAGAUAGUCACCAGAGCACCAGAUGGAUGGGCAACAAGACAGGUUGACAAAUAGCGAGGCAGCCAGAUUGACAGAUUGGAAACACCUUAAACUAGGCUCCGCUAUACCGCUGAAAUGGGAUUUCCAGCAAUGUAUUCAAUUUGUGUGUUCUCUCAACGCAAGGACUAAAGGAAUAUGAAAAAAAUCGGCCUCCUUAAUGUAUUUCUUCCUUUUCUCAUUAAUUUGAUGGCAGACUAAACAGAGCAGAUAGGAGUAAGGGUUUGUAGUUGCCGUGGCAACGGCCUGCUCUUUGUUAAAGGCUACAUUCCUGGCAUCUGAUGUUUCUGCGCUGCGAUCAAUAAAAACCCCAGCCUGCAGGGACUGAUGAACGGACUGGGGCUUUUGCCAGGCCAGACAGGACUGAGGAGAGGGAAGGAGUUCGGUGGAAGACGUGUGAACAGGAAGACGGGGAGAUAAAAAACAGUGAUAGAAAGAAGAGGGAGCGAUGUGGAGAUGUGAGCAGUGCAGCUGCUGAGCUGGUGGGGGGGGAGUGUGAGAGGAGUGAGUGCAUGUGUGUGUGCUCUCUGGCUCCUUCUGCCUCAUCUCCACUAUUUUCUGAAUGUCACUCACUUCACUAUCAAAGUAAGGGCUUGUUCGUGAUGGUGCUCUGUAUGGAAAAGAAGCUGUGCCAUGAUAGAGGGCAACGUGGGUAAAAGAGACAUGCGACACCCAGCCCUGCACCACUGCCACCUCUUCGUGGGCGGGGCCUUGCUGCUUCUCCUGGUCAGCCCGGCUCUAGGCUGCCCCGCCCGAUGUGAGUGCUCUGCCCAAAGCAAGUCCGUCAGUUGCCACCGCAAGCGCCUGCCGACCAUCCCUGAAGGCAUCCCCAUUGAGACACGCGUCCUGGACCUCAGCAAGAACAAGCUACGCAUCAUCACACCAGACAACUUCUCCUCAUUCCUGCAGCUGGAGGACCUGGACCUUAGCGACAACCUCAUCAGUGUGGUUGAGCCAGGCUCAUUUCGUUCUCAGCUUGCUCUGCGCUCACUCAACAUUCGCAGCAACUUGCUUCAGCUGGUUCCUGCCGGCGUGCUGUCAGGCCUUUCCAAUCUCACCCGCCUUGACCUCAGCCACAACCGACUGGUGGUUCUCCUGGAUCAUGCCUUUCAAGAUCUGCGCAAAUUGUCAUCCCUGGAGGUGGGUGAUAAUGAGCUGGUUUUCAUCUCACAGCGGGCCUUUACAGGAUUACUUGGACUCCAAAGUCUAACCCUGGAACGUUCCAAUCUGACUGUGGUCCCGACUGAUGCUCUGGGACAUCUGCACAGCCUGGUUGAACUGCACAUGCGCUACUUGAGCAUUGGUUUCUUAAAGCCAUUCUCCUUUAAGAGGUUAUCGCGUCUUCGCAGACUAGAUAUUGAUUACUGGCCCUGGCUGGACACACUGCCUCCCCACUCAUUGCAUGGCCUCAACCUCACAACGUUGUUCAUAACCAACACUAACCUGUCUGUGUUCCCAGGUGCAGCAUUGCGCAAUCUGCUCUACCUCACACAUCUCAACUUGUCCUACUGCCGCAUCCAACACAUCCAUCAGGGAGAGCUGGGUCAACUCCCACACCUGGUGGAGCUCCGCCUCCAAGGGGCUCAUCUAGUUUCUAUUGAGCCUUUUGCAUUUGUAGGCCUCAAAUCCUUGCAACUCCUGGAUGUGUCACACAACCGUCUGGACUCUCUGGAGAGGGGAGUGUUUGCCUCACCAGACAGCCUCCAGAGGCUCUGUCUGGGUGGAAACCCAUUAGUGUGCGACUGCAGAUUGCUUUGGCUGCUCAGUAGCCACAAGCCACCUUCUUUGCAGGUUGUGGAUGACCAGCCAGAGUGCAGCGCCCCUGAACACCUCUUGGGGAAAACUCUCCGUGACCUCAAGGAACCACUGGUUUCAAGGUACAUGACCUGCACCAAACCAAGGAUUGGACCCAACACUACCCAGCUGCUAAUGGCUGAUGAGGGUCAGCCUGCCCACCUGAGCUGCAUGGCAGAGGGAGCUCCUCGGCCCUCAGUGGUCUGGAUUACACCCCACAGACGCUACAUCACAGCCAAGAGCAGUGGUAGGGUUGAAGUCCAACCAGACGGUACCCUGGAGAUCAAGGCAGCAGAGCUGCAUGACAGUGGGGUUUACUUGUGUAUUGCCAGUAACCCUGCUGGCAAUGCCAGUCUGUCAGCCUCUUUAGCUGUAAAGAGCCUGGGCAUUGGGGACAGAUCACACUAUAUCAACAGGAGCACAAACUAUCUGACAGACUCUAACAGCACAUGGGGGAAUGGGACAGUACUGUACAACAUGACAGUCCCUAUAGACAUUAAGACUAUCAUCAUAUCUACAGCCAUGGGCUGCCUGUCCUUCUUGGGUGUGGUCAUCUUCUGCUUCCUGCUUCUGUUUGCCUGGAGCCGAGGAAAAGGGCGCCACAAGAGCAACUUUGAUAUUGAGUAUGUCCCUCGCAAAUCCAACGGGGCAUCAGCAGAGGCAACAGAAAGCAGUGGCCCACGACGGGUCAACAUGAAAAUGAUUUGAAAAUGAUGCAGACUGAUUCAUACGAUAGCAAGGUCGAAACAGCAAAAUGCCCACAUAUCAGCAGAAUUAUUUUUUUUUUCUAUGACACAGUGGAUUUGUGACAAAUGAAAGUGAUGUACUAAUAUAGUGGGUGUCAAUAUGACAGUGAUCUAGUGAAAAAGUGGGCAUGUGAAUAUAAAAGUGAAACUGUGGACGUGUUCAUAUGAAAUAAUGUUCUCAUAUAGUACAUUGAGUAUAAUACUAUAACCAACAUAUCAAUAUGGGAGUGAUGUAGUGAUGCACUAGGCAUGUGUUUCAGUGGUGAUGUGAUGAGUAAUGGUGUUGUUGGUUCACCGUGACAACAAGGUGACAGAGGGCGCCACCGGGAGUGACAGGGGACAUCUUCGUAUGGCAGUAGCGCCAUCAUCACUGCAACAUGUCAGGACUAAAUUGUCUAAUACCCAUAUUAGCUGCAGUGUGAAAGGUGUGUUCAUGUGUGCGUGUGUGCGUGUAUGUGUGAGUGCAUCAGUGUGUGCAUGUUGCAUUCGUGCAUUUCUUUGUGCAUGUGCACGCAUUGCCUUUCUUGUUGGAUGGAACAACUAAAACGAAUUAUAGGGUCCAAAGCAUUUUUCCAGGCCUUUGUUCUUGUUUGGUCAUUGUAAUGACAGUAUUGUCACUGUUGAGUAAAACAGAGAAUUAUCUAUGUUUGUAUGCAAAAUCACAGUUAUUAUAUUCAAGAGAAAUGCUGCAUACAUUUUGACGUGGGUCCUCCUUGGAAUGACUCCAACAUUAUAUGGGGAUUUUUCUAACCUCAAGGAUAUGUUAAACACACAGUAGUUACAAUGUGAAGUCUGAGCUUUGUCUUAGAGUUCACUUUCUAGCAACACUUCUCCUGAGAAAUAGCAGUGGUCAGUAUUGUUAUUACUCUGGAAAAGCUUUUAGCUAUAGAAAUGGCAUGUUAAACUUAUUUUAUAACAUAAUAAAUCAUGUGCAGACAUUCCUGCCAGACAAAUCCUGUGACAUAAAUGAGUCGGUGGCCAGACUCAGUGGCAAAGAUUUAAUGGCCAGUGUCCUCUUUGGGCUGCGACAAAUCUGAGAUUCAAAGUUUUUUGGGUUGAAUUUCCCCCUCUCUCAUUUUUCUUUGAGCACAUAAAUUCAAGCUAGCGUGUCCGGAUUCCUCCCUGGAGCAUUGGGUAUUUAUUAGAUGGCAAUUUGAAAGUUGUAGUGGAAUCUUGUAAUGUUUUGUUAUUUUUCUUUUUUUUUUUUUUUGGGUUUGUUUGGUUUUUUUUGUUGUUGUUGUUUUUUUGUUUUUUGUUUUUUGCUUCAAAUGUUUUAAAUGUUUAGGAAAAAAAACAGUAAACCAAUUAAGGGCAAUUCUUUGUAAUGCAGGGACUUGGGUGUUAACUUGUGUGAUCCUGUUGUGAUAAAAUGUUCAAGGUUGUAAAAUUGUUUUCAUAUGGCAAAUUUAUGGGUAUAUUUUCAAAAGGAAAUAAAUCUUAAUCAUACAUGAAAUUGGA